AUGGAUACAGAAAACGUAGUGGAAAACUAUCAAUAUGCCCUGGGAGCUAGUAAAAAUAUCGAUACGGGACUAAAAAAGGUUUAUCAUGGAAUUACUUAUCAAGUGCACUGGUUGAUGCAUGUAGCAUUGCAAUCUCUAAUGCACAAUAGCGAAAACUUUACAUUCCGAUCAGAAGAGAAUGCUGCUGGAAAGUUCGAUGACAUUGUGUGGUCAAUAAAAGAUGAUAAAGUGGUCAGGCAUAACUUUUUGCAAGCAAAACAUUGCAAACGAAAAGGUAGAAAAAUAAAAAUCAAAGAGUUGAUUCUCCCCCAAAUCCAUCAAGGUCAACGGAAUCCUUUUGCACUAUGGAAGUAUUUUAUUUCAUACCGUGAUGUAAUUAAAAAGAAUUUACCAUAUGAUAAUAUAAUAGAUAACCUAAUAAUAGCUACAAAUAUUGAUAUGCACUAUGAACUGAAACAAAAUUUUAAACAGGUUGAAAAUAACAAUCAGAUAUUAAGCAUAUUUAAUGCAGAAAGAAGAUACCCCUCUACAAAAUCAGAAAACCCAUUUAUUUGGAGACUAGAUUUGAACAGCCCACUUUUUAAAGAAAUACAUCAAACUUUAGAAGGUACAUACGAUUUAAUUAAGAUAGCUAAAACAUUAGCAGACUGUGUGCAUGACGAUAAGAAAUUUGAACUAGCAAAUAAUUUACAACAGUAUGAGUAUACAUUACUCACUAAUAUUGUGAAUCAAGAAAACCAAUUUUCUGACAAUUUUAUUACAGGUAAAAACUUAACUCAACAAUUACAAAACUUGAGAAAUUCUUUUUAUAAAGAAGCUUUUGAAAAAAGAAAAAAAAGGAAUCUUUCUGCCAAUAAUAAAAUAAUUAAUCCUAAAGAAUUUGCUAAAGAACUUGCCUUACUAAUUAAGAAAUCAAAAGGAAAAACUGUUGUAAUACGCGGAAAGGGAAUCAUCAAGGAAAAUAUUUAUAAACUUUCUGGUUAUUUAAUCAUUGAAGAAAAUGGUUCUUUUGUGUUCUGGAUUAAUGAUGAUGAUGAAAAUUUAGCACAUGCAAGCAUUAAAUUAUUUAAAUCUUACUUUAUAAAUGCACUUGAACAGCUGUCAGUAGCAGACCUUCACAAUUAUAAAUUAAAUAUUAAAGGUACAAAUCCAGAAACUGGUAAAAAGUUUGAAACGUGCAAAAAGCAUUUACUUACUCCAAAAUUGUUCUGGGACUAUGUUAAAGGCUACAGAAAAUUUACUUUGCCUAAUAGCAGCAGUAACCUCAUAACUACUGAAAAUACAAAACCUCUCCCAGCAGAAAGUUUGGUUUCCAUUGACAGAGAAAUUACAGAGUUUAUGGACAAAUUAAUAUUUGCUCCUAAUUACGGAGAGGCAUUUCUAAGUAAUUACGUUAAAGGUAAACUGGCAGAAGAGCUUGAAUUUCUCCCUGAUAAAAAAUAUGUAGACAUGUUUGAAAAGGAAUUAAGUGAAACGCUGAACCCGAAAUGUUCAAAUAAAGUUAUUUCAAAUUCUGAUGGAGUAAGGCAGUCAAUCAGUGAAAUUAAACAAUUAGUUUAUCGAGCCUCUCUUAGUUUGAGAACUGUAAAGUACCGAAAUAUUAUUGUUACGAGAAAGAUACAAUUUAAACAAGAAGCUGUUGAACAGCAGGGGGUACAAGUGUUUUUAAAUGACCCAUCUAAACAAAUUUUAAAAAUUAUUACAUCUCAAAAUAAACUGAGCUGUAUAAAAUUGCAUCAAUAUUUCACUAAUUCUUCAAAAUAUGAAAAACAGGAUAGUUUUUUAUUUCUAAGAUCAGACAAUUUGAACUCAAGUGAUUUGCAACAAAGAGUAUUAGAAGUGUUCAAAUCAAAAUUAAUUGAUUUGUUGGUCAUAGAGAACCAACACAUCAAAGUGGAUAGUUUGCAAGCAUUUUGGAGAAGUAUUAUUCAUGUUCUUGUCAGUGAAAGCAAGAAAAAAGUUAUAAUGAUUGGUGAAAACCAAGAAACGUCAUAUUUAAAUUUAUGUCCAGAUACAGUUCAACUUCAAAAUGAUGAAAAUAACAGUUUAAUUGAUCUCAGUGAAGAAUCACAACAACAUAUUUUGGCGAACAGCUCUAUUAAAUUUCAGGGAAAGUCUGUAAAAUUAAGCUCUCUACCAGACAGCAGACACAUAUUCGGUGCUGAAAUGUUAUCUAAACUUAUUGAAGAAGUUCCAGAAGAGGACAGUGUGGGAAUUAAACCACCUUGCCUUAGUGAUCUUGAAUCCAUGUACUAUUUCCCCUGCUUAAUCAUUAAUGAAGAACAGCUAAGAAACAGUGUUCAUAACAAUCCAAAAGAUAUUUUUGUUUUCAAAGGAGUAACAGAGGAAGAGAUUUGCAAAAUUAUGUCCUUUGAAGAAAAAAAUCACAUAAUGAAAUCAAAAUAUUCCUCUAGUAACAAUCAAUUCCAGUACAUACAGAAUGACAAAAUUUCCAGAAAGGCUUUUAAGGAAAUAUGCUGCAAUUAUUUGUGUACAAAUAAAGUAAAUCCUAUGCAUCUAAUAGAGAAAGAAAAAAAUUGUUUUAUUUGGAAACAGACUUUUGAUUCCUCCAUUUAUAUAUCACGUGAACUCACUUGUAGAGUUAUCAAUCACUAUGCACUCAAACAAUUUGUUGAAAACUCAUCAAGCACUGAUGAUAUUUUCAUUAUUAUGGGUAAUAAAAAGGAAACACAAAUUAAAAUAUCUACACUAGAAACUAUUUUAAUAGAUGUUGAUAGUGUCAAUACUAGUAAAAUGAAAACUAAUGAUAUCGGAAAGAAAUAUGUCCUAACAAAUGAUAACAGUGACAAUUAUGAAUCUUUUUUUAACUCUGUUUGCUCGAGUGAUGCUCUUCAAAGUUUUAAUAUUCAUUGGCUGCAAGACAGGAGCGGAAAGCUUCUUUGGAGACGUACAAGAGGUCGAAUAAUUCAUCUACAAGACCUAAUAUCUGAGACAGAUAAGUAUGUAAUUAAUGAAAAUGAAUUUAGAGAAAUUGUAUAUUCUGAAAAACACAUUGUAAUAGCUGGAGAACCUGGUAUAGGCAAAACAACUUCCUUAAUUCAUAUAAUUAAAUCUUUUGAGAAAGAUGAGUGGAUUAUUAAGCUUAGUUUAGUGAACAUCCAAGAUCAUUUAGAAAAUUACUCUUGUACAAAUCACAUUGACCCAAUUGUGAAGAUCUUGCUCUUAAACAAUGGGGUAAAAUUGUCAGAUAUUGAAGAAAUUAUGCUAAAAAAUCGAAUUAAAAAUGAAGGAUACAUUUCAAUAAUCUUUGAUGGGUUUGAUGAAAUUACAAGUAAAAAUCAAGAAAAGGUUAUUCAUCUGCUUUCAGUUUUAAAAGACACAAAAUCAAAGCUCAUAAUAACCACUAGAUUGAAUGCUAAAGAUAAAUUAGAAAAUUCCCUUAGUGUGUUUUCUUAUUCAUUUCAGCCAUUUUCUAAAGAAGAUCAAAAAGAGUUUUUGCAGGUAUUUUGGAAUGCAAGUAUGAAAUUUACUGCCUCACAGAAAUUAAACAAAAAUCUUUUAAGUAAACAAGUAAAUAAUUUCCAGAACCAUAUUCUCAAUCACUGCAGCAACGAUUUACUUAGUAUUCCAUUUUUAAUCAAGUCAAUUGCAGAAAUGUAUCAACCAGAAAUAGAGCAGAAAUGCACUCUUCAAUAUGUCCACAGCGAAGAAAAUCUUACUAAAUUGGGCAUAUAUGAGAAAAUUGUUGAAAAAAGAUAUGAAAACUUCUUCAAUGAAAAAAUUGCAGAACCAAAUAACUCGGCUUACAUAAGAAAAAUAGCAAUACAGAAUUUUAAUGUGGAUCAUCAGCAUCUUGCUUUUCAUAAAUUGUAUUCCAACUGUGAACAAGCAAAAGAGCUUUUGAACAUUCUAAAUUUGAAAUUACCUGACGAUCUUGAAGAAUUGAAACUCAUUGGCCUCAUACAAUCAUCAAGCAGUUCAGAAACAUUUAAUUUUAUUCAUCAGACAUUUGCUGAAUAUUUUGUAGCUUGUUUCUUCACUAACCUCCUUCAGCAUAAAACAAGUGAUUCAAAAUAUGAGUUAAUACAAUCAUUUCUUCUGAGAGAAUUUUUUCGAGAUCAGAACAAAGAGAUGUGUGAUUUUCUAGAAAAUAUGAUACAGCACAGUGGUAACAACAAUUUAAAAUCCAAAUUGGCAUUUAUUAAAAGUUGUGAUUUUUUGCAUGAAUUAGAAAGUAAAAAAAUAUUACAGGUAUCUCACUCAUCUUCCACAAAAAGAGCUCAAGAUGAUUUGAGUUUACUUGAAGUGCAACAAAAAGUCGAGUCACAUAUAUCUUGGUUCUCUUCUGGUUCAUGUUAUUAUUAUGAUGAUGAUAUAAACCUUGAUGACAUGCAUUCUCUUAUUAUGCACUUUCUAGAUGAGAAGGAUCUAAGUCAACUAAAAGGAACUUUUGAAUUCUUCAUGAAAAUUAAUAGUAAGUCCAAGUUGUGGAAAUUAAAUGAAUAUUUGAAGUUCAAUAUGAAUAGAGUAGUCCUUCACUACUUCAGAGAAAGCCAAAAGCAAAAGCAAAAAAUGAACAAAAAUACACUGAACUUUUGUGCUCAAAUUAUUCAUGAAUUCAUCAAUAACCAAGCAUUAUCUUUUGAUAAAAUAGUUGAAUUAUUAUCCUUCCACAAUACCGAGGAACAUACUUGUACAAAAAAGAUUGCGGGUAUUGAGCAGUUUCUCACUUUGUUAUAUAAAGAUAAAGAUUUGCAAUGGUUAGAAAGAAAGGGGAUUUUUGUUAAUACAUAUUUUAUGAUUUUAACGCUAGAGAUGUCAAAAAUAUACAUUUCCCCUUUAGAAAAUCCUAAUAUUAGAAAUAGUGGUUGGGGAGUAAUAUAUGCAAAAAACAUUUUGAACCACUUCUUAAUACCUAUUCUUGAUUUGUUAAAAGGUGAUCAUUUUCAUAAAUUUGAUGAACAGGCUAUCAUACGAAUGCUUACAUAUUUUAUUGACUUCUGUGCUGAAAAAUGUACACAUGUUAGCAUUUCACCUGAGCAACUUCAUACAGCAAUAAACCUUAUUGAAAGCAUGUUAGACAAAAAAUCAAAUGAUCCAGAUGCACUAACAGUUUGUUCUGAAUUUUGUAUCGUUCUGAAAAAGGCAGGAAUAAAGACAAUGUUAGCUAAUCAUAAGCUGCUUUUUUUAGAUCCAGCAAGUGAGUUUCUGUGUUCCUUUUCAGUAACAGACAAAAAAAUUACAGAUUUAAUCAAAUGGAGACUAAUAAACUUAGACAAAUCUCAGUCAGAUUAUUUUAAAGCAGCUUGGGAACUUUUCUAUAAAAAGAGAAACUUAAAACGAAGUUUAUCAGAUAAUGGUGCAGAAGAUCCUAAAAGAUUUAAACAUUGA